GGCGCCUGCCUCGGCGCCGCCUCCGCUUUCUUCAGCCGCGACGGCGACUACCGCCUGGCCGGGCUCUUCCAGCUCCACGGGCUCGCGCCGCGGGCCACCGCCCGCCCGCUCGUGGACGCCUGCGACGAUGCUGCUGCCUUCAAGAGCCACGGCUACCACCUCUUCCAGGCCAUGCGGUUCACCCUGGAGGAGAUAAACAACUCCAGCACCCUCCUCCCCAACAUCACCUUGGGCUACGACAUCUAUGACACCUGCUCGGAGUCUGCCAACAUAUACGCGACACUGCGCGCCCUCAUCCAGAAGGGGCGGCAGGACAUUGAGAUGCUCCAAACCCUCCAGCACUACGAGCCCAAGGCUGUGGCUGUCAUUGGGCCUGACAGCACCCAGCUGGCCCUCACCACAGCUGCUAUCCUGGGUGUCUUCCUUGUGCCAGAGAUCAGUUAUGAAGCCUCCUUGGAGACACUGAGCCUGAAGCACUUCUACCCCUCAUUCUUGCGCACCAUCCCCAGCGAUGGGCAACAAGUGAAAGCCAUUGCACUGCUGCUGCAAAGCUUCAAGUGGACUUGGGUUGCUCUGCUGGGCAGCGACAAUGCCUACGGCAGGGAUGGGCUAGAUGCCCUCUACGAGCUGCUGGUCGCAAGUGACGUGUGUGUUGCCUACCGAGGCAUCAUCCCCAAGAACAAGGACGCCAGCAGCCUAGAGCUCCACAAGCUGGUCGGAAUCCUCAUGGACAUCAGGGUCAACGUCACUGUUGUCUUCUCCAACGUAAACAGCGCCCGCCCUUUCUUUGAGGUGGUGGUGCAGAAGAACAUCACAGGCAUGGUGUGGGUGGCCUCUGAAGACUGGUCUUUGGCCCAAAACAUCUGGCAAGUGCCUGGCAUCCAAAGUAUCGGCUCUGUGAUUGGGAUGUCAGUUGAGCAGGCAGAGUCUACAAUGCUGGAACGCCUUGAAUCUUGGAAAUACGCAGAGGAAAGUGCUGUGUCUGAAAGUGCUGGCAGCACGGGGGCAGGUGGGGAAAACAGAAGUAGCAGCAGCGAGAGAACCUGGCUGAACUGCACCCAGCAGUGCCCAGGAUGCCACCUGCUCGCCGCUGCCCCCAACACAUACGAUGCUCAGGCCUCUAACAACGUGUACUCAGCUGUGUACGCAGUGGCCCACGGUCUUCAUGACCUGCUGGGCUGUGCCUCGGGGGUAUGCAGCAAAGACAGAGUCUAUCCCUGGCAGCUCCUACAGAAAAUCAAGCAAGUAAACUUCAGCCUGCACAACAGCCAGAUCUGUUUUGAUGCCAAUGGGAACAUUCAUAAAGGUUACGACAUCAUUAUGUGGAAUUGGAGAGGUCUGAGCUGGGCUUUUGAUGUGGUUGGAACUUUCACUGUGAACCCUGACAGGCUGCUCCUUAACCGCAGCAAAAUCCUGUGGCGUACAAAAGAUCACCAGGUACUGUUCUGCAUCCACAUCUUGUUUAUUGUGUACAGGCAAGCUAACUACAUCCCAGCACUAGUUCUUGGGCACUUUCCCAUUACAGGACAAACAGAAGGGCAGAUGGAGGCAGUAUGUGGGGAGGGUUCAGGGGAUGCAUUCUUAGCAGUGCCUUUCAUCCUUCCAGAAAAUUACCUGCGCUCCCCUAAGCCUUGUCCCACCUGGCAGCAGACUUCUGGGAAGUCCUUUGGGGAGCUUUUGGGAAAAGAGCCCUCGCUGCUCCUGCAGGCCCAGAGGCACCUGAGGGGAAGGAGCGGAACCAGAGGAGAGGGCGGCUCUAGCAGGCAGCCAGGGCUGCGGGGCACCGUGAGGUCUGGGUGCUCCACGAGGGCAGGUCACUUACCGGGGCCCGCGGUGUGCACCGCAGCUCAGCUGCUGUCCGGGCGCAUGUCUCCUCCAGACCUCUACGCCUGCCAGGCCUGCGGGGAGGACGAGUGGUCCCCGGCGAGGAGCGAGGCUUGCUUCAACCGCACCGUGGAGUUCCUGUCCUGGGCCGAGCCCCUCUCCUGGGCGCUGCUGACCGCCAUCGCGCUGCUCCUGCUGCUCGUGGCCGCGCUAGCCGCGCUCUUCGCCCGGCACGCCUCCACGCCGGUGGUCAGGGCGGCGGGCGGGCGGCUCUGCUUCCUGAUGCUGGGCGCCCUGGCCUGCGCUUGCGGCAGCCUCCUCUGCUACUUCGGGGAGCCCACGCGGCCCGCCUGCCUGCUGCGCCUCCCGCUCUUCGCCGUCAGCUUCGCCGUCUUCCUCUCGAGCGUGGCCACGCGCUGCCUGCGGCUCGUCGCCAUCUUCAAGCUGCGCGGCCGCUGCCCGCCGCUCCGCCGGGUCUGCCUGCGGCAAGGCGCCCCGGCGCUCUUCGUCGCGGCCAGCGCGGCGGCGCAGGCGGCGCUGUGCCUGGCGGCGGCGCUCGCCGACCCC